AUGGUUCAAGUCUGCAAUCGCGCCUUCACCAACUUCUGUCAUAAUCAUCUUGGUAUACAGAUACAUCAAGUCCACAAAAGUCAUAUACUGGAGACUGAACGCGUCGAGAGCUCGUCUGGGCCGGCGCGUACACACGCAUGUUUAGCGGAUUUGAGACCAACAACUGUUGGUCCUAGAGUGGAGCACAAGGACGAGUUCACCUGCAAAGGGGGUGUCGAUGCUGGAAGACUUGUCAAUCUAGCUCGAAAGGGCUUGUAUUCGACAGCAAGGGAGAUGGGCGGUAAUGUUCUCCUCGAGGAAAAGUCAGCACAUCCUGCAUCUUUAUCCGGCAAUCCUAGAUACCAGCGCCGCGACAAAUUCAAAGUCAUAAUUCAUUAUUCGGCGACGGUAGCUCGAUCAUGCAGGCCUGAUGCACAGAGACCCGUUGAAAUUGAAGCAGCUAAAGGUAUAAGGGGAUUAAUGACCGUUAUAGAUCGUCAUCCGGAAUUUUGA